GUUGUGCCAAAUCUCUCGGUGACGGGGCUGGAAAGGUGAGAAAUAAAAUCUUGAAUGGAGUCGAUAGUUGGAAUAAUUUAUCUGCACAAAGAGGCGUCUGUUCUAAUUCCAUUCCAAUUAAAAUCCAUGACCACGCUUUCCAGACGUCCUGUUUCCCAGGCAGAAUUAGGGAAAUGGACCGUCUAUAAACAGAAUCAGCAGGGGUAAUUUAAAUUGCAUGUCAUCCUCUGUUCGCAUCGGGUUAUUAAAACAGUCAGUUUGCUUUGACAACAGCCACAGUUUAGGUAACAUUGUGUUAUUUGCAAAAACCGACAAGAAACUGACGUGCAAUUUUAUUCUUACGCCACUGGCCUUGGUGUGAAUCAUCAUUGCAAGGGGAUGCUGCGCGUAUAUUAAUAUAUGUGUACAUCAUAACUGUUUGAAAAAUACAAGGGAUCUUGGAAAUCUUUGGCUCUGCAGAAUGGAGGAAAUAUUAAAAAAAAUGCAGAAGGAUGCAUCGGGAAACAAGCACAAAGCAAUAAGGGAAGCCUGCGGUUUAGCGUAUGAGACCCUUGAAGCACAGAAUGGAUCAACCGAUAUUAAGCCGUGUCAGCUGAGGGACAGAUGUCUGGUUCCUCUCAAACUGGCCUUGGAGUCCAAGAAUAUGAAGCUGGCACAGAAUGCCCUCACUGGAAUGCAGAAGCUUCUGUCUGAAGAGAGAUUCAUAUCCAUGGAAACGGAUGCCGCGGAAAAGCAGCUUCUGAAUCAGAUGCUGGAUGCUGUCAAAAUAACCCCAUCCCUUCAUGAAGACUUGCAGGUCGAGGUUAUGAAGAUUUUGCUGUGCAUAACGUAUUCCUCUAACUUUGAGAUGAACAGUGACUCCAUUUUGAAAAUUGCUGAGCUGUGCCUGGCAUGUCAUAUACCUGGAUCCCUUCGAAUGCAUGAAAUGAUAAAGAUUUCCAUUACCCAGAUCCUAAGCUCCCUGUGCCGUCGUGUCUUUGUUGAUGCUAAUCCCAAGACCUCUAUCUCCCACAAGGUUUGCACUGAGACGUACAUGUCAAGCUGUCAUCAGCGCAGCAUAAACACUGCUGUGCGGGCCACGCUCAGCCAAAUGUUGAGCGACUUGACCCUUCAGUUACGUCAAAGGCAGGAGAACGUGACAGCAGAUGGGCAGGAAGAGUCUUUACCAACGUGUCGGCAGAAAGAUGCUUUGGCUACCGAGGAGUCUCUGUGCGAGGAUAUUGUUUCUGUUCUUGCUGUCUUCUGUGAGAAGCUGCAGGGAGUUAUUAAUGAGAACAAGCAGCUCCAGCUUCUGUACCUGGAGUGUAUCCUCUCCAUGCUGAGCAGCUGUCCUCUCAGCAUGCACCUGCACAAAGGCUUCACAGACUUGAUAUGGAAACAGCUGUGCCCAGCCCUGAUUGUGAUCCUGGGGAACCCCAUGAAUGACAAAACCAUCACAUCGGCCCAUGGGGGGGUGUUGCAGGAGAUGGACACCUCCUCUCUGGGGCUCUCAGACCAUGGCCGCGGCUCAGGCUGCUCCUCCAGCGCCCCCACCCUCAUCGGCCCUGUGGCACGCACCAUUUACUGCAUAGCGACAGAGCUGGUGCGGCUAGUAAGCUGUGUGGAGUCUAUGAAGCCAGUGCUGCAGUCUCUCUAUCACCGGAUACUGCUGUACCCCCCUCCCCAACACAGGGUGGAGGCCAUCAAGAUUAUGAAGGAGAUUCUGAGCAGCUCCCGGCGUCUGUUUGACGUGGCAGGGCCUGUCGUUUCUGAACCAGAAACCAGGAAGAGGUCUUUCUCCAAAAGGAAAUCCCAUCUGGACCUUCUGAAACUCAUAAUGGAUGGCAUGACUGAAGCUUGCAUGAAAGGGGGGAUAGAGGCCUGUUUUUCAUCAGUGUCAUGCGUGUGUUCGCUUCUGGGAGCCCUGGAUGAACUGAGCCAGGGCAAGGGCCUCCAGCCUGAGCAGGUCAACCUUCUUAUGCGUCGUCUGGAGGAACUGAAGGAUGGAGCGGAGUCCACCCGAGAAUCCAUGGAGAUCAACGAGGCCGACUUCCGCUGGCAGCGCCAUGUUCUGUCCUCAGAGCACACCCCAUGGGAGCCCGGCAAUGAGAGGAGCCCUGACAUCAGCAUCAGCGUCACCACGGAUACAGGCCAGACCACUCUGGAGGGUGACUUGGGGCAGACCACCCCUGAAGAGAACACAGAUGAACCAAAUGCCAUUCUGCCUUCCCCUUGUGGACAAGACAAUGGGGAAAUCUCAAGCAGGGAAGCAGAGUUAGAAACAAAUGAGCAACCUGAUGUGAUCCAGAGAAGUCAUGCCCUGGUCUACCCGGAUAUAACCAACUUCCUCUCAGUGGAGUGCAGGGCGAGGUCUCACGGGUCCCGAUACAGUGAAAGCAACUUCAGCGUGGAUGAACAAGAUCUCUCGAGGACCGAGUUUGACUCCUGUGACCAGUACUCCAUGGCAGCAGAGAAAGACUCUGGAAGGUCCGAUGUCUCAGAUAUGGGCUCCGACAACUGCUCUUUGGCAGAUGAGGAGCAGACCCCCAGAGACUGUCCUGGUCACAGGUCUCUGCGCACAGCAGCCCUCUCCCUAAAGCUGCUCAAGAACCAGGAGGCCGACCAGCACAGUGCACGGCUGUUUGUCCAGUCACUCGUCAACCUCCUCCCUCGUCUGCUCAGCCUCCAGAGCACCACAGAGGUGGACUCCUCACUCCAGAACUUCUCCUCCACAUUCUGCUUGGGCCUGCAAGUCGGUGGUAUGCAUUCACCAGGCUUUGAAGCAAGCAACGACCUUAGUUGUCAGGCACUUAUGAAUGCAGAUGGACUGUACCUGGUCUCCUACUAUGCAAUCCUUCUCAACCUAAAACUGUGUUGCUGUGACUACUACAGAAAGAAACCAGCUCCAGUUCUUGUUAGUUUGAAGGAGUUUGUGAGGCAGAUUCAGAGCAGUGGGGUGCUGGUGGUGCUGUCCCAGGCCUGGAUAGAGGAGCUGUACCAUCAAGUCCUGGACAGGAACCUGCUGGGAGAGGCUGGGUACUGGGGGACAGCGGAGCAGCACUCCCUGCCACUCAUCACUAUGCUGACAGAUAUUGAUGGCCUAGGCAGCAGUGCUAUUGGAGGGCAGCUGAUCCACAAGGCCUCAAUGCAGUCUCCUCUUUCCCACGACAAAAGUGCAGAUGAUUCUGUGAUAGCAGGUGUGGUCUUUGCCCGCUACAUCCUGAUUGGUUGCUGGAAGAACCUGAUUGACACCCUGUCAACACCGCUGACGGGCAGGAUGGCUGGGAGCUCCAAGGGCCUGGUGUUUAUCCUGGGAGCAGAGGGGCUGAAGGAACAGAACCAGAAGGAGCGGGACACCAUCUGCCUGAGCCUGGAUGGGUUGAGGAAAGCAGCGGGGCUGAGUUGCGCUUUAGGUGUUGCUGCUAACUGUGCCUCCGCUCUGGCCCAGAUGGCUGCUGCAUCCUGCGUGCAAGAAGAUAAAGAUGACAAAGAAGCCCCUGAGUUUAGUGACACCAUAUCACAAGUGAAACAGAAGGUAGAGCAAAAGUUGGAGCAGAUGGGAAGGCCCCAGGGAGUUCGGCUGCACACGGCUCAUGUGCUCUGCAUGGACGCCAUUCUGAACGUGGGCCUGGAGAUGGGUAGCCACAACCACGACUGCUGGCCACACGUUUUCAGGGUGUGUGAGUAUGUAAGCACUCUGGAGCACAGCCACUUCAGUGACGGCUCCACCCAGCCAGCCGUCACAAUCACCCAAGCUCAGCAGGGGGUGGAAAUAGCCCUGGAGCUCAGGCAAGACAACAGUCUGGAGCAGGACCUGACCCUCAGCCACCCCGUCAUCCAGCCUCUGUCCAUCCAAGAGCUGCUGAAGGAGACUAGCAAGGGCAAAGUGUUCGACUUCCGGGGAGGGAGCCUGCUGAGUGGGAGUAGUGCAGCCAAGGCAGUCUGCACACUCUCCACACAGGCUGACAGGUUAUUUGAAGAUGCUGCUAACAAACUGAACCUGUCUGCCUUGGUAGGAUUUCUCCAUCAGCUGAGAAAAGCAUCGCAGGCUCAGCUCUUUAAUUCAGUGACAGAAAUUGGGGCCUACUCCUUGGCUAUGCCAGGAGAAGCCAAGUCAACUCAAGACCACGCCAGUGCGCUACACCUCUUCCGCCUGGGGGACGUGAUGUUGCGUAUUGUUAGGAGCAAGUCACGCCCACUGCUGCACAUGAUGAGGGCCUGGAGUGUGGUGGCUCCUCACCUGGUGGAGGCCGCUUGCCACAAGGAGAGACACGUUUCCCAAAAGGCUGUUUCCUUCAUACAUGAUGUCCUCACAGAGGUCCUGUGUACCUGGAGCGAGCUGCCUCAUUUCCAUUUCAACGAGGCCCUGUUCCGCCCCUUUGAGCACAUCAUGCAGCUGGAGCUGUGCGACGAGGAUGUCCAGGAUCAGGUGAUCACCUCCAUUGGCGAGCUGGUGGAAGUGUGCUCCCCACAGAUAAAGUCUGGCUGGAGGCCUCUCUUCAGUGCACUGAGGACAGUGCAUGGUAAUAAGACCGAUGUCAAAGACUACCUGGUUGGCGAAUAUUCCAUGGGAAAAUGUCAAGCUCCUGUGUUUGAUGUCUUUGAAGCGUUUAUCAGUACCGACAACAUUCAAGUUUUUGCCAAUGCUGCCACUGAUUACAUUAUGUGCCUUAUGAAGUUUGUCAAGGGGCUAGGAGAAGUGGACUGUAAGGAGAUUGGAGACUGCGUUCAUGGCUCUGGGUACAGUUCUACAGAUUUGUGCCUUCCUGCUCUAGACUACUUAAGAAGGUGUUCACAGUUGCUUGCCAAAAUCUACAAAAUGCCCUCCAAGCCUAUUUUCCUCAGUGCGCGAUUGGCCAGCUUGCCUAUGAAAGUGCAGGAGAGAUCCAGCAGCAGUGAAGACGGCGUCGAGUCCAUUCUGGCAGAGUUUGAUGAUGACACUGGACUGAUCCAAGUCUGGAUCCUGUUACUGGAGCAGCUCACAGCUGCUGUCUCCAACUGCCCACGUCAGCACCAACCCCCAACGCUCGACUUGCUCUUUGAGCUUCUGAGAGAAGUCACCAAAACACCAGGGCCUGGGUUUGCCAUAUUUUCUGUCAUCCAGCUUCUCCUUCCUGUGAUGUCACUGUGGCUCCAGCGUAGCCGUGGCAAUCACUCUUACUGGGAUGUAGCCGCAUCUAAUUUCAAACAUGCUAUUGGCUUGUCCUGUGAGCUUGUGGUGGAACAUAUUCACAGCUUCAUCCAUUCAGAUAUUGGUUAUGAAAGCAUGAUUAAUUUGAUGCUGAAGGAUCUUUUCAAGCUUCUGGUCGCGUGUGUGGCGGAGCCUACUGAAACCAUCUCCAGAGUGGGCUGCUCCUGCAUUAGGUAUGUACUUGUUACUGCUGGACCUGUGUUUACAGAAGAGAUGUGGAGACUUUCCUGUUGUGCACUGCAAGAUGCUUUCUCUGCCACUCUUGAACCAGUCAAGAACCUGUUGGCCUGCUUCCGCAGCGGCUCAGAUAGCUUCUCUGGAGAUGCGUGUGAGGUGAAGGUAGCGGCUCCUUCCCACUCAGCAACUGCAGAGGCAGAGUACUGGAGAAUCCGAGCCAUGGCACAGCAGGUCUUCAUGCUAGACACCCAGUGUUCUCCCAAGACACCCAAUAGCAAGGAGGGCUUUGAGCAUGCACAGUCCUGUGUACUUAUUAUUGAGUUACCUGCUGAUGAAAAAACAAAUGGCCACACUCAGAAAAGAAUCCCAUUUAGGACCAUAGUGGUCAGCUUGCUCUCCCAUCAGGUGUUGCUUCAGAACUUGUAUGACAUUCUGUUAGAAGAGUUUGUGAAGAGCUCCUUCCAGGCAGAACCUCAAGAGAAGUCUACCCCGGUGUCGGAAACCAAGCCAGCUGGGUUCUUGAAAUACAUUUCCAUGCAAAACCUGGCCAUUAUCUUUGACCUUCUGCUGGACUCCUACAGGACUGCCAGAGAUUUUGACACUAGGCCCGGACUAAAGUACCUGCUCAUGAAAGUAUCUGGAGUCUGCGGGGCUGCCAACCUCUACCGCCAGUCUGCCAUGAGCUUCAACAUCUACUUCCAGGCCUUGAUCUGCGCUACCUUGACCAGCCAGGAGAACAUCACCGCCGAACAGGUGAAGAAGAUCCUCUACGAGGAAGAAGAGGGCAGUACAGACUCCUCCCAGCAGUGCUCCUCGGAGGAUGAAGACAUCUUUGAGGAAACUGCACAGGUCAGCCCUCCAAGGGGAAAGGAGAAGAGACAGUGGAGAGCCAAGAUCCCCUCCCUCAGCAUCCAACCUACUGGCAAUGCAGACUGGGCUUGGCUUGUGAAGCGCCUCCACAAACUCUGCAUGGACCUUUGUACCAACUACAUCCAGAUGCACCUUGAUCUAGAAAGUAACAUGGACGAGCCCCCAGUCCUUAAAGCAGACACUAUUUUCUUUCUACCACUGUUUCCUUCUGAGACUUCAACACCCUCUACCGGAGGUCUUUCAAGAAAGGCCACCCCAUCAGAAGAAAGUAUACGUAACCAAGUUGUGGAGACGCCAGCAGAGGAGACACCAACAUCGGGGCUAAGCACGGGCUGCCUGCCACCGCUGGAAAAGAGAGAGCAGGGCAAGAAGAAGGAGUGGUGGGAGAGUGCUGGGAACAAGCUUUACACCAUUGCCACAGACAAGACCAUCUCCAAGCUCAUGGUAGAGUACAAGAAAAGAAAGCAGCAGCACAACUUGACUACCUUUGUGAAGGAGUCAAAGAAUGACAAGAAGGGGGACCUUGUCACACUACGGGGCCCGGACUCCCCGGUUCCACAGAGGCCACAGCAGCUGGUGGAUCAAGGUCAGAUGAGACAUUCAUUCAGCGCCGGCCCAGAGGUUUUGAGGCAGGAGAAACGACCCCGUUCAGGGUCUAUGGCCAAUUCCCAAAAUAUUUCAUUACGAGAUGCCGAAGCACAAAUACAGGCAUGGACCAAUAUGGUAUUAACAAUCCUUAAUCAAAUCCAGCUCCUCCCGGACCCAACGUUUGUAGCUCUGCUACCUGCUGUGUUUCCAUGCAUCAGUCAGCUGACGUGUCACGUGACCGACGUACGGGUUCGCCAAGCUGUGAGGGAGUGGCUGGGGAGGUUGGGCAGAGUCUAUGACAUCAUUCUGUAAGACGCAUUCCGUUUCUAAAAAAAAAAAAAAGAGAGAGAAAAUAAGAGAGAAAUAAAAACUACCAUAUUUUUCCUUCAGUGGGCUAUGCCUAAAUAAGGGGGUUGUUUUUUUUUUUUUGUGCAGUGUUGUGACAGUAUUGGGGUGGGGAAAUGGAUAUAGGCGCUGAAUAAUAGUUCAAAUAUACAGUGCUAAAACUGUAGAAUAUAUUUUAGCAGUAGUCGUGUUCAUUUUCCUGCAUUUACAGGUGGAAACUUGGCAUUUACCGCUUUAUCAAAAUACAAAAAUGAGGAAAUUACAAACCUAAAAUGGAAAAAAAAAUAUUGGCGAGUGCAUGUGUAUGUAGUCCAUUUAAACACUUCUUCCCCAGAAUUCAAUGCUUAAAAAUCUACAUCCAGCCUUCUCUUUGCAACAACCAUGAAUCUGCUCUGAUCUGAUGAGACUCAUUACAGGAGUUACCUAGACAGUUUCAUGAGAGGGUAUCCCACAACCUCUUGUAAAGGCACCUGAACUUUUACCUUGAUCUCUUUUUGCUUCCUGGGGCCGGCUUAUCAAAAUUUGUAAUCCUGGAUAAAAGUAAUUGUAAUUGAUCGUUUUGAUCCAGUUUUUCAGAAAAUGUCACUGCUGGAAUACAUUUAUCCAGAUUACAAAUAAUUAUGGAUUAUGAAGUCAGUUUUUUAAAAAGUAAUCUCGAUCCCAAAAUAUAGGAUUUCAAAAUCCAGAUCACUGUUAUCCAGAUUACAAGUUUUAAAAAGCCAGCCUCUGGGUAUCAAUUAUUUUUACAGUUUUACAGCAAAAUGUGCCCUAACGGUCCUGUUUUGGCCGAUUUCCGAUUUUUAAGAACUGGUUAAAAUUUGGACAAAAUUACUCUAGUAGAUGUAAAAGUAUGUGCCCUCACCUAGUGUAGAUUCACUGUGCAUCUUAACGGUUUUAUGCUGCAGACAUCUAGGCACUUAACACUCUAGACCUCAGACUGCGAUGAAUCUUUACAAUAGGCUACUAGUUAUCUUAAAAUAUCCAUAAGGGUACCCAGUUAUUUCACCAGAUAUUGUACCUGUGCCCUACCUCUUGAGUUUACCGUCCAGUAAACCAAAUUUUGCUUGUUCCCAAUUGUCAGACACCUCUUCAUUUUCAAAUGCAGGACAAGUGGGUUUUCCCCCAUUUUAUUCUGUAAUGAUAUAUUGCCUUGUUGUUACUCAUUCAAGCUGAUGUGGCUCCAGUAGACUUGUCAGAUGCAGUAGGUCUGGUUUUCUUCUCAAAUGGCAAGUAUGAGCCACCAGCAUGUUCUUGCAUUAAAAAACAGUAGUGGACAUCCUCCAUCUAAAUAUAUUUGCUGUCUGCUAGGAAAUUAUAGUCAGCUGCCACCCCCCCCCCCCCCCCCAAAAAAAAAAUGAAGGCUUUGAGAAAAUCUCAAUUCAUAUACUCCCCAGCAUGUCUAAAUUAAAUUCCAUUCAUAAGUACUAAAGAGGUUCUUCCGUCCUGUGCUUAGUCCCAUUUGAGAGUUACAAACAACAUGCUGUAAAACUGCAACUCCGUUACUGACUGCUACCACAUGUUGAAGAGACACCUGUGUGAAAUGUGAUUUCCCCAUCUUGCUUUUCUGAUUACGAAUAAUCAAUGAAUUAUAAUCAAUAUUUAAUGAUUAGCAAUGCAUUUUAUCUGUGAAUUUUAGAUGGAUUGCUAAAAAUGGAAUGUAUGAAUUGCUGUGAAUGUCAAAUUUCCACCCAACAGAUUUCCAUAAGCGGCACCAUGAACAGAAAUGACAUCAAACUGCUUUGUUCAUUAUUUCUUUUCAUAUUGAUCAUUGAUUGUCGGUUAUCUUGUUCUCAAAACUAAAUGCACAAAAGCCAAUGGUAUCAUCAGAAUUAUUUUGUAUCGAAGAUGAAAUGCAGUGAACAUUCAGGGAAUGAAAAUUUGUUUCUGGUAUAUGAUUUGGGGUUUAAGUGUUGUUUACUAUAACACUAAAAACAUUUACACAUUUCCAAAGAUCAGUUUAGUAGUACAAGAUGUGAAUUCUGAUAACAAAUAAUUCAGUGAUGUCUGUAACCUCAAGAACAAAUAGCUUCAGAAGUCAUUUUAUUUGCUUCCUUAAUUUCCAUUCUGAGUGGCUAUAGGUUUGUUUGCUCUGAUAUCGGGCUAUUAUCCCCAGCGCUACCUACUCUGUAUAUAUAUUAACUACAUGUAGAGUAGGUGGGACUGAAAGGUCAUAUUGUUGUAUGAUUUGAAUGGUAUGGGGAAGGCUAUUCAGUCCCGCACUUAGGAUUCAGUAGACCAUGAUAAACUCAAUAUUGGAGAAACAUGACCCAGAACCACUCAGUAAUAUUAAGGAAAAUGUAAAAAAAACAAAUUCAUUUCUAUUCAAAAUUUCAAUUCUAUUCAAAUCUACUUACUCUGCUAAAUGAAGAAAGCAUUAUAGCAGUAAUGCUUUAAAACUCCCUGAAUGAUUACAUAACAAGCAACUGCCUUGUUGUAAGUUGUUUGUUUUUCUGUAAUUUAGUGGCAAGUCAAGUUCAGGCAACCAAGUGUUGAAGAUUAUUUGUUUAUUCCAAGGCAUUCAGCAGCAUCUGCCAGCCCAGGUUCAGUGAAAUGAUCCUGUUAGCAGCACCUAUUCACACUACAGCAGGAUCCACUGGACUGAGCAGCCAACUGGUACCCAUGCCCCCCCAGUGUAAUAUUAGUAAAGUCAACCACCAAGCUAGGGAUUAAAUCAUGAAACCUCUUAAGGAUGGAUCAAGUGAAACAAGCCCUGGAAGGUGUAUCAUAAACAUAACAUAAUAACAUGGCAAUGUGCACUAAAAAUUGAAAUUCCUUUUUUGUGAUGCUUAUUAGUCUAGUGCUGAUAAGAAAUGAGGGACACUAUGAGAGCUUCCUCUUACAGCUCUGCAAGCACACUGAAAUCCUAACCUGUACACUCCCUACCAUUCAGACUCAAGCCAAGCAGAGACUGCCUGUUGUGCCACAUGGAGGAAUAUUGUCCGAGCAGCAACAAUUGGGCAACGUGCUGUAAUAGCAGUGCUUUAAGGGCUUGUACAUGACAUCACAAGAUGUCCCUAAACACCAAGGGUGUGUUUCACUUGAACAAGGCUUGUAUAAAGGCACAUUUGGGUACCGCAUACAAAAGACACAAAAUAAUCAUUAACUGGAAAACAUCAGAAAGAAAAUUCUGGAUGAGAAUUCCACAACAUUUCAAAACAGUAUUGUUUAGUAAGUCAAGUUGAUUUUUCUGAUUAUGCAAGACAUCUGAGCAUAACUCAAAGUAAAAUAUUGGCUAAGAAGCUACAGAGAAUUUAAACAACAACAAAAAAGCCCAAUGUAUUAAAGUUGUGUGUUUUUCCCAUUACUGUCAAUAUAAAUCGCAUUUAAUGAAGCUGUUGACAAAGAAUAUUUAAAAUACAUUUAGUUUUGAUAUGAAAAAAAAAAAACUUUGCCCCUUUUAAAAAAAAAAGGGGGGGAAAUAUUCUAAUGCUAAAGCGGAAUAUUUUAAUAAGGCUUACAUGUACAUUUAACAUGCCUUUUGGUGUAAAUUAGUGACGUUUUGAAUAUUGUACAUUUAUUGUGUGUAUUUAAUAGGCAGGAAAGCCACUUCCAAGUUAGUGUUUUCAGUAUUGGAAUUGGUGGGAUUCUAUUCUGUUUAAAAAAAGAGACUGCAUUGUGUUAUAAUUGACUGUUCCACUUACUUCUAUAGGCAUUCCAAGUCGGCAUAUCCUACAAUAUAGUGCCUCAGUACAAAAUCAAGAUAUCCUGUAAUAAGCAAAAUGUCAUAAAGGCUUUAUUUUACUAAACCUCAGUACAGCUCAGCCAUGAGCCACUGAAUGAAUCUGACACCGACCUGCACUUUCAAAGGCCUGUCUAUCAUUUUGAUAAAACUAACACAGAUGUCUAUACCAUUUUGAAAUAAUAUUAAAAAUAAGUCUCCUACCUGAUCAUAUCCCGACUGCGCCAACAUAAAACACAUACUGUGAUCACUUUAAAAGGUAUGUUGGAAACUAAUCAAUCCUCAUAAGGUUUUAACUGUUUAUCCAAAUGGGAGUCAGUUUAUUACACUUAACCAAACCUAACGCUAAAUACCACAGAGAUAUCCUCAAUUGUACAGUAGGUGUGCAUAUGCCUCUGAAGCCGAAAGGUCCGUUUUAGGCAUGUAUACGCAGAAUAGUGUGAUUUUACAUGCAAAAGUUACUUACAGAGUUGUAUAGAAGAAAAGGCCUGCUUUAAGUUAUGUUGGAGUUCAUUAUAAGGGGAAAUCUGAAUUGACUGUAAAUUAAAGUAUUAUGAUGCACUCUAAUUUACAUUUUUAAAAAUCACAGCCACUAUAAAGGCGUGAAUAAUAUAAAGGUACUAUUUUGUUCCUGUAAAAGUCUAUAUAUAUAGAGAGAGCGAGAGCUAUAUAUAUAGAGAGAGAGAGAUAGAUAUAGCUAUAUAUCUAUCGAUGGAUAUAUAUAUAUAUAUAUAUAUAUAUAUAUAUAUAUAUAUAUAUAUAUAUAUAUUGGGACUUUUAGUGAAAGUAAUGAAUGUAAAGGUAUUUAGAAAGAAAUAUUAUUAAAUACUUUAACGUUUUUUUUCUGUGUGUCUAAAGGGUAUUCCUUUUUUAACUGUAUCAAUGUACGUGUUCAGUCCUCUUUGUAAUCUUAUUAUGCCACUUUCGUGUGUCAACAGUUGAAUCUUGUUUAGCGUGUUUUUUCAGCAGUACAGUAUUCACAUUGACUGGAAUGUUAAUGCUAGAGGAUCUCUCUCUGCCAAAAACAAUCAUACCAGUUUUAUAAGAUUCUGUUCAGGCAGUGUCUUGAGGGUUCAGUCAGCCUGGUGUGCCAGGUGAUCUUACUGUACCAAAGGUUGCUUUUAUUUUAGCCCUUUCAGUCCUGACAGGACCUUAUCUUGGCGCUGUAUGUUAACCUAUGCCAUCAGAAAUCAUGUUGGAACCUCACAGGACUCCUAGGUCCUCGUCUGAAGUAGUGUAUACAUAUAGAUCUAAAAAAAAUCCUAUUCUCGUGUAUACUCAGUAAAGUGUUGCAUUCUUCAGCUUGACAAAAACAAUUCAGUACUGAAAGGGUUAAGUAUUAAUUGUGUUUAUGCUGCAUUAUGUAAACUGAUGACUUUUUUAUUUAUUUAUUUAUUUUACCACUGCCUGGUAAAAUGAACACACACUGACCUAACGUUAGUUCAAAAUAUGACAGAAGAUAUUUUCCCCCAGAUUAAAACAAGUUCAGCAUAGGUUUUAUCUAGUAUCACUUUUUGGACUGUACACAAUCUUCUACAACGAUAUUGUAACCUAUUCCUUAUUGGUUUUUUUAAGUCCUGUCACGGUUGUUUUUAAUAUUUAUUUAGCAGAGAUAUCUUCAGGACUACUGACUAGCAGAGGGGGAGAAACAUACAUACUGAUUACAUACAUACUACAUCAGGCCUAACAAAAAACAACUUGGAGAUAUUUAGACAUCUGAUUGAAUUAUGAACAUUCCAAACUUUUUGGGUUUCUCAACACACCAAGACAGUUAGGAUGUCAUUGAGCCUAUGUUUUGGAUUUGUUUCAUUUUUCCUGUAUUUAGCCAAUUUACAAGUAUAACAACACUCUUCUCUGUGCCCGGUUAUGCCUAGUAUAUAUUUAUAGACAUGGCUGUGUCACCUAUUACUCAAUACAAUUGUUUGUACUCUAUAUACAAUAUCAAUAUACUCACACACUUGUGUGUUGUUUACUUGAUUUCCUAUUGGCCAAAUAACAUUCAGUAAACUGUUGCAUGUGCCAAUUAUUGUUAAUAUGCUACACAAAGAGAAUACAAAAACCAAGCCAAUUUUAGAUACUUUGGGGUCUUUCUUUUAAAAAGCUAAACCAGCUAAACAAAAAGGUCAAAAUAAUAAAUGGGGGUAAAAUUUCAAGGACUGAUACACUGGCAAAAUGUCUACUGUGUUCUGUGUUAUUCUGUAGGAAUGUUUCAUUUGGUAACAUUAUUGUAUGUUUGGCUGCGAGAAAUGUAUUUUUUUUAUUGUAGCUUACGUUUAAAUGUUUAAAAAAUAAUCAAGCGGUAUAUAUCAUAUAUACUGAAGUGUUUCACAGAUUUUAAUUUGUUGCCUGUGCUGUAGAAUAAACAAGCACAUGAAAAGCAA